GAUCAACUCGGACUUUAACCGCCUGAAUGGUAUGACGAAGAAACAGUCAGUAUUCGUUCUCAGUAGAAAUGGCUCAAGGCUCAAAGAAAUUCAAGGCUCAGCGUCCCGGAGCCCCAAAGAAACACCAACAAAACAAACCGAAGGGGCCAAAGAAAGGAGGAAGGGUUAUCGCGCCUAAAAAGGCCCAAGUGGUUCAGCAACAAAAGCUAAAGAAGGGCCUGGAGGUUGCCAUCAGAAACAAGAUUGAGCAGGAGGUGACCCAGAAGGCCAGUUCCUCCCUCCAUAAGCCUCUGACUGUGGUUAAAGGGGCUGAGGGGAAAGGAAAGCCUGGAACCAGCACCAAAUAGGACCAUCGCAGACCUGGAUCCCAUCAGCUUCAGGUUGUGGACUGAGGACUUUAUAUAAACCUCUGUUUGGGUCGCCGGCGGAUUGGUGGAAGCCUGAUUUUCAGUUUUUGUUUUAUCUUCAGGUUGUUUCUCUCCUCUUUCAGGGAAGUGUUUUUCUUUGUACAGUGAAAUAAACUGUUCCCAUUCCAGAUGAGUGAACGUUUGCCGAAACCAA